AUGACAUCCAAAUCGUUGUUGCUCUCCCUACCCGAUGAGGUGCUUCUACAGAUUGUGGGCCAUUUGACGCCACCUCUUGACGGCCUGGACAUUCCCUUUACGGCUUACACAGACCCUGACGGUAUUGUCGUCACGAACCGUGCCGCCCUCUACCGUCUUGCUUUCGUAUGUCAUCGACUAUCUGACUUAGCAAUUCCGUUUCUAUACCAGACGGUCUAUCUAUGGGGCCGGUCACGUCUUCAGUCGUUGCUCCAGACUCUGCUCGAGCGCCCGGAACUCGGCGCAAAUAUGCGCAUUCUUUCCUAUGUUUCAUGCCUCGGCAGCGAUCAUUAUCCUACCGACGUCCUAUACCCCUACAAGCGCACCGACUGGCGCCGCCUGGUGGCAGAUUCGGAUCGAUUCCCAGAACGCAUCAAGGCUUUUGUGCGCGACGCCAAAAACGACCUCGAAGUCGCCCAAAUCGUGUUCGCCCUUAUUCUCUACUCAACACCGAGCCUCCGCACUCUGCAUAUGCGUAUGCCGUUCGCGGCCGGAGAGUACCAGAAGCUUAAGGAUAUUCUUACCCCCGACAUUGAAACGGCAGAGGGCCGCCCUCGUGUUCUAAACUCCCUGACCCGCGUCAUGUUGGAGCCCAUGCCCGACUUCCCCGGAGCCACCUUUUGGCCUCGUCGUGAGCUACCUUGUCUGCUGCGGUUACCGAACCUGCGUGCUGUCGAACUGGGUUCCGCCUAUUUCCGGCCUGCCGUUUUGGAGCCUGGUGAUGGAUGGGGUGAUGAUGGAAGCUGGAAGAACGUCGAGGAGGUCCGGCUGGUUCGCAGCAGCAUGUGGGGUCAAGGCUGGCAUGCCAUCUGCGCCCUGUGUCCUAAUCUCAAGCUUCUCGAGAUGGGCCCCUGCGGGGUUUCUGACCAGCCGGCCGACGGCGAGCACAACCUCAACACCGCCUUGUCUCUCGUCGCCGAUACGCUCGAAACCUUCUCAUUUGAGGGAAUCCUAGCCGCCAACUUCUCCCCACAUGUCGGUGGAGAUGGCACCCUCACCUGCCUCCCAAAGAUGAAAACCCUGCGCAACGUAAAGCUUGAUAUUGGAAUCCUGUUUAAGCAUCCUCAGAAGAUGCAAGAAAUUGAUAUCCGCCGGUGCUUUCCCCCAACGCUGGAGGUUCUCGACUUGGCGGAAUUGUGGCACGACGUCGAGAUCGACAGGCUAUCGUCCAACGACCGUAAGAACUACGAACGGUCCAUCCAGGACGCCCUGCGGAAGCUUGUCUUCGCCAGCAAAGAACACCUACCCAAUCUGAGAGAGUUGACGUUCCGUCCGAACCCUUUUUACGCACAGCUGCCUUUGCCCGACACUCUUCUUGGCGGGAAGUCUGACGUUGACUUCAAGCUUGUAUACUGA